AUGACUCUCUGGGGGCAAGACACGGUCAGGGACGUCGCCGAGUCGGUGGGCAUCCUCAAUUUGAACAAGGAUGUCAACCAAGCGCUCUGUCGAGACGUCGAAUACCGCAUUUCCCAAGUCCUACAAGAAGCCCUCAAAUUCAUGAAACAUGCCCGCCGGACGAUCCUCUGGUCGCAAGACAUCUCGCAGGCACUUCGCGUGCUCGACAUCGAACCUCUUUAUGGCUACGAGUCUACGCGACCGCUGAAAUAUGGGGAGGCGUCACUGGGACCAGGUCAACCGCUAUUCUACAUCGAGGAUGAAGAGAUGGAUUUUGAGAAGCUCAUCAACGCGCCUCUCCCAAAGGUACCGCGAGAAGUCACAUUCACAGCUCACUGGCUAGCUGUGGAGGGGGUUCAACCCUCAAUACCUCAAAACCCAACCUCGAACGAAGCAAGGCAUCUCGAGCUGGUCCCCAAAGGACCCAACGCAAACCCUGCUCUGGCUGCAAUGAGCGGCACCGACAGCACCACGACGAAACCUCAGGUCAAACACAUCCUGUCAAAAGAACUACAGCUAUACUUUGAGAAGGUGUGCGCAUCGGUGUUGGACGAGACGCAGCCGGAGUAUCGCACGGCAGGAUUGGCCAGCUUGAAAGAAGACCCCGGACUGCACCAGCUCGUGCCGUAUUUCGUGCAGUUUGUAGCGGAGAAGGUCACGCACAAUUUGAAGGAUCUCUUUGUGCUCACGCAGAUGAUGAUGGUCACGGACGCCUUGACCCGGAACGACAAACUCAAUCUAACUCCCUACGUUGCCUCAAUGGUCCCUCCUGUAUUAACCUGCUUAAUCGGACGCACUCUAGGCACAGGCAUCGGAGCGCUAGAUCACUACGACCUCCGCGAUCUAGCUGGGGCGCUUCUCGGUCACCUCUGCAAUAAAUACUCCAAAUACUCACACAACCUCAAGCCCCGACUGGCGCGAUCCUGUCUGAAGACGUUCCUAGACCCAAAGAAGCCGUACGGAAGCCACUAUGGCGCCAUUCUUGGAUUAAAAGCCAUCGGCGGGGCAGAGGUGGUCCGACAGCUGAUACUGCCCAAUGCCAAAGCAUAUGGCGAGCUCCUAGAAGAGGAUAUCCAAGAUUCAGGCAUGAAGAAGGCCGAGGCGGAGAAGGUUGUCAGCGCGAUCCUCAACGCUCUGGGGACAUUGGUGGACGAUGACAUUCCCAUGAUGAACGGACACUCGGACGAGUCUGCUGCCAACACACGGGCCCAGCUAGUCGACAAGCUAGGAGAAGUGAUUGGAGGCAGGAUCGCAGACUCGGGGAACGCACGGUUCGCAAGGGCUGUGCUGGAGGGGGAUUUUGCGGGAUUAUAA